AUGAAUAAAGUUAUAUUAUUAUUCUUUUUAUUUAUAACAUAUAGUAGUAAUCUUUUAGUUCAAUCGCAAACUUUAACAAAUAUAACAAAAUAUCCAGAUACAUCGCAAUUACAAUACGAUCAAUCAUACUUAAGAAUAUGUACAAAUCUUUUUGAACAAAUUGUCAAUUUUAAUACAACUUUAUCUGUUGAAUUUGUUUAUGAUGCAUGUUAUACUUGUGAAUAUCAAAAUUUAGUUGUUUUGGAUUCAUCAAGUUCAAAAUAUAUUAUUAUGCCAAGUACGUUUGGAUAUAAAUUUAAUAUUAGUGUAUUAUAUAAUGGAAAAGCACAAGAUGAUAUAUUAUAUUUAUCAUUUCAUGAAACAUUUGGUGAAUAUGGUAUCUAUGACAUUAGUGUAAACAUUUCUACAGUAAAUGUAACAAAAAAAAUUUAUCAUUCAGUUAAAACAUUAAAAGAACCAAUUAAUUCAGAGAUACCAAUUGCAGUAUUAUUUUCAAUUUUAGUUGGUAUGGCAAUUUUAUGGCCAUUUAUAGUUUAUUUAUAUAAGAGAAGUAAAAGAGAUUCAUUAGAGUAUCAAUUGAUGGCAAGUGUUGAAAGAGAGAAUAGAAAAAAAGAUAGAUUAAGAUCAUUGGAUGUAUUUAGAGGAUUUUCAAUCACAAUUAUGAUCUUUGUGAAUUACGGUGGUGGUGGAUAUUGGUUCUUUAAUCAUAGUUUAUGGAAUGGUUUAACCGUUGCAGAUUUAGUUUUCCCAUGGUUUGUUUUCAUCAUGGGUAUUGCAAUGCCAUUAUCAUUUCAUGCCAUGGAGAAAAGAGGUACACCAAAGAGAAUCAUCUUUCAAAAGUUAUUACGUAGAUCAAUCAUUUUAUUCGCGUUAGGUUUAUUCAUAAACAAUGGUGUCGAUUUACAACAAUGGAGAAUUUUAGGUGUACUUCAAAGAUUUUCAAUCUCUUAUUUAGUGGUUGGUUCAAUUAUGUUAUUCGUACCAAUAUGGAAAUUUAGAUCUUCACCAAAUGAUACUAUAAAUAUUAAUGAUGGUAGUAGCGGUGGUGGUGGUGGUAUUGGUAUUCAAUCACAACAACAGCAUCAAUCACAACAAUAUAAUCAUUCAUCACAACAGUAUAGUCAACAACAGGUAUUUUUAAUACCUCAAGAAGUGGUUGAACAACAAUCAAUUUUAAAUGGACCAUCAAUGAAUAAUAUUAAAGAUACUGAUACUUUUGUUAAAGGUAAUAUAUAUAUGUCAAUGAUACAACAUGAGACUGUGAUUAGUAAAUAUUUUUCAGAUAUAGCUCCAUAUUGGAUUCAAUGGGUAUUUGCUUUAAUCAUUUUUUCAGGUUGGUUCCUAUUGAUGUUUUUAGUGCCUGUACCAGGUUGUCCAACUGGUUAUUUGGGUGCUGGUGGUUUGGCAGAUCAAGGUAGAUAUCAACAUUGUACAGGUGGUGCUGCACGUUUAAUAGAUUUGAAAAUUUUCACUGAAGCUCAUAUCUUUCAAAAUCCAACAUGUCUUGAGGUUUAUAAAACACCAUCCUACGAUCCAGAAGGUACCGUUGGUUAUUUAACAAGUAUUUUCCUUUGUUUUAUUGGUGUUCAAGCGGGUAGAAUCAUUCUAACAUAUAAGUCAAAUAGAUCACGUUUAAUACGUUGGAUGGUUUGGUCAGUGGUACUAUGUGGUAUCGCUGCUGGGUUGUGUGGGUUAACUCAAAAUCAAGGUUGGUUACCAGUUAAUAAGAAUCUUUGGUCACCAUCUUUCAUUUUGUUGAUGGCUGGUUUUGGUUUCUUUGUUUUAACCGUAAUGUUUAUUUUGAUUGAUAUCAAAAAGAUUUGGAAUGGUUCACCAUUCAUUUAUGUUGGUAUGAAUCCAAUCACCAUCUAUUGUGGCCAUGAAAUUUUGGGAACUUAUUUCCCUUUCUCUUUCAAUGUUACCUAUCAAACUCAUUCAUUAUAUUUACUUUCCAAUUGUAUUGGUGUUGGUUGUUGGUUAUUAAUAGCUUAUCAAAUGUAUAGAAAUAAAUUAUUUAUUAAUAUUUAA